AUGAGAAUUAAAUGGAUUUUUUUGGUUGUCAUUAUUAUUCAAGUUUUGGGUUAGGGGAGAGAUUUUUGCCAUGUAAAAGAUAUUUAUAAAGUUUUAGUUGAAAGAAAUUGAAAAUCCUUUAAUAACGAUCGCAAGUGGUGAAAAUUAUGAUUUAUUAUUAUCUGACUAUAUGAUUGUAGAUGACCUGACCUAUCAUAUGAGCACUCCUUCUGAUCAAUAGUCUGAUGUUCCUUUUUCAUACAUGUAACGAAUUACUAGAUAUGGUAUUAUUAACGACGAGGUUAUUUAAAUUUUGGAACACAUUUUAAAAUAUAAAAAUAAGGUGAGUUCUUAUUUUUGCUUUAUAAGAAAUACUAUCGAUAAUUAAACAGUUUAUAGGCUAGUUAAAUGUGUAUUUACCACUGAUAACAUAAUAUAUUUUGAUGUUUAAUUCAUUAUCAAUAGGGAGCAUUGCUAUAAAGUAAUUUAUAUAAGGGAUUUGUUUAUCAUAACAUGCAAGGAUGAUAUUACAAACUAACUUGAGAUCAUAACUUUUUCUGAAUAUAAAUAAAAAUUAUAACACACUCUCAUAUCAGAUGUUACAAUACCUCCAGAAUCAAAAGUCAAUGCUAAAUAUUCUCCAACUUAUUUGGGUGUUUUUAUUUAUAAAGGGAGAAUUGACAAUAAUAAGUAUAUAUCAGAAAUUUCCUCACUAUUCCUAUUUUAAAUUAUUAGUUUAUUUUAUCCAGAUUUAAUGUUUUUUAAAUAGUAUGAAGCUCAUAGCCAACCUGAUGAUUUCAUAACUGAUUUUGAUUUAUAUUAGGAGCUUGGUAAGAUUAAUAUUAAUAGUAUUAGUAUUUAUAACAAGAUUCAAAGGAGGCUUAACUUUUCGAAAUUUGAAAAUCUCAUGGAGUGAGGAAAUUAAAGUUAAUAAUUUUCAAACAUAGCUUUUCGGAGUUCAUAUCAUGUAUGACUUCCUUCAAAUCUAGACUUCAUAAUAGAUUUUUUCCUUAAUGCUUUGGGGUGAAAAUUUUUUAACAUUUGUUCUUUUAAAAGUUAGUAAUAUCAAUUACCUUCAAGCAAAAGGAUAAACUGAAACAAUUCUUCAAAAGAAAUAUGAAUUAAAAUCAGAAACAGUAUAUAGUAGAAAUGUUGUAUCAGAUAAGUAUUAUUUGAUUUUCACAAAUUAUGAAGGAUUUUAAGUUUUUAGUAUUAAUUUGAGGAAACAUUCUGAAAUUUUAUUGAUUUACUAAGGUGUUGUAAAUUCAAGAUUAUAUUAUUUUAGUAUUAUUUCAAGUACUCUCCUAUAUGAAGAAUAAAAUGUGAUAAAAAUUUUAGAUUUGCAAUUAAUAAGAAUAGAACUUGUAAAUCUAUCUGAAACAAAAAAUCCUUAAUUGCUCUAAUUCUCAUUACAAAAAUAUGGUUUUUAUUUUGAUUAAAUUCAAUGUUAAGAUAUCAAUAUAUACUAUCAAGUAUAACCAUUGGAUCCAACAAAAAUAUGGCCGAAAUUUUAUAAAGAAAAAGAGAAGAACGUUUUUAUUUUGAGGUAUACUAAAAAUGAGUUAACAAUAAAGUUUGAUUUUAGUAAAUAUUUUUCUGGUUCUGCUUUAAGUCUAGAGGAUAUUAAUUUUAUUAAUAAAGAAACCAAAUUUACACCACAAAAUUUUUUGGUGAAUAUAGAGAGAAUGAAUAAAUUCCAGGUUAUGGCUGAAUUUGUAACCUUGUGUCAAUUCAAUAAUGAAAACUAUUUACUCCAAAAAAUAGGUACAUAUAUAAGUAUGAUGGAAUGUGAUGCUCAAUCUUCUUUUCUUUCCUGUCAAAAAAUUAUAGAUCAAAUGGUCGAAGAUGCCGAUUUAUCAAAUUUAGUUUGUUAAUCGACUGAGAUGAAGCAUUAAUUUGCAUACGUUGGAAAAUUGAAACAUGGUUUUGGUGGAGAAUUUAUUCAUACUUAUUAAGUAUAAUUUUAGAAAGGAUAAAAAGUUCUUUAAUUAUAUGAUGUAUAUUGGAACACUAAAGGAAAUAUUCUUUCUAUUAUAUUAUUGAAAUAUAUAUAAGUAUUCACAAUUCUAACAGAUAAUUUUUAUACACUGAAUUGGAGAUUUUUUGGUUACUCAGAGGGUAAUUUAAAUGUGAGAAGUUUAGAAGUAGACUGUUACAAAAUAUUUGAAUUAGUAGUUGAUCUGAAUAAUUUUAAAGAGUUACUUUUUCUUCCAAUUAUAAAAUAUAAAAAUUUCGUGUUCCAAAUCAUAAUUGAAAUUUAUAUUAUCGAAGAGAGUACUUCUUAAAUAUCAUACUUGAGUUCUCUUCUUGUUGGUGUGACUAAAAAACCAACUAAAGAAAGGUUGUAAGUUCAAUUAACUGAAGAUGGAAUUUUUAUUUUAUCAGUCUGUGAUAUAUCAGAGGAUGAAUAAAGCAAACAACUAUUGUUUAUUGAGAAAGCAAUAUUCUUGAGAAAAUUGUUGUUUAAAAAAGAAUAGCAACUUUAAUUAAAAAAUAUUAGAACUAAAAUAUAUCCAACUUUCUCGCUUAAGAAGGUUGAAAAAAUGGUAACAUCAAAAUAUUUCUUAUAUGUGUAUGGUAGUGAAAUUGAUGCACCUACUUGUAUCUAUAUAUAUAGAAUCUAUGAAAAUCAAAUGGAUAGCUUGUAUCAUGUGAUCAGACCUGACAUUUAAAGCAUCCGAUUCUUUAAUGUAAUGUCUAUGAUGAAGGAUUACGAAACUUUAAUAAUAUUUACUAAUUAAUUGAGUUAAUUUAUUUGGUUAAAGUCUACUAAAAUUCUAGAGAUAAUUAAGUCAGAUUCAAAAUAGGACUCCAACUUGAAUGACAAUGAAGUUAUUGAUAUUAAAAUGAAGUCACUGAUUCCAAAAGAUAAUAACAAGAUACAUGAAUUUUAGAUAAAGCUUAUUUGUACUGAUUGUUAAAGUACCGAUAACUAGGUUUGA